AUGUCGGUUCAACUCCCAGGUAAAUUCGCUUACGGUACCAUGUCCAUGACUUGGACUCCAGAGCCCAUCUCCCAUGAGCAAGCUUUUGAGUGCUUGCUGCACGUAAUUGAGAAACAUGGUGUCAAUUUCAUUGUUGGAGGUGAGUUCUAUGGACCAGACGAUGCUAACAUGAAGAUGACCGAAGAGUUCUGGAAGAAAUACGGUGACAAGUACCCAGACUUGAUUGUGUCGUUGAAGGCUGGUUUCAACUUGGAGAAGUUCUGCCCUGACGGGUCUCAGGAGUCGGUGGCCAAGUCUAUUAAACAGUUUGCUUCUCACUUCCCCAAGGAGAAGUCUAAGAGACCAAAGUUGAUCUUCGAGGUUGCCAGAGUCGACCCAACUAUCUCUUACGACAAGACCAUUGGGUACAUCAGUGAAUUUGUGAAGCAGGGCGUCAUUGACGGUAUUUCCAUUUCUGAGGUUGGUGCAGGCUCCAUCCAGAAGGCCAUCUCUGUGGCUCCAAUUUCCGCCAUUGAGGUUGAAUUCCACUUGUUGUGUGAAGACAUUCUCACCAACGGUGUGUUGGCAGAGGCUGCUAAACACGACAUCCCCGUGAUUGCUUACUCGCCAUUGUGCCGUGGCUUCCUCACUGAGUUUGCCAUCAACGAUCUUGAUAACUUCUACAAGUUGAGCAACAGACCUGGUGAUGUCAGAGCCAACUGUGACAAGUUUGUUGGCGACAACUUCUGGCACAACGCCAAGAGAGUCAAGGCAUUGCAGGAGUUUGCUCACAAGAAGGGCACGACCUUGGAAUCCUUGUCCUUGUCGUGGAUCAUCGCUGUUGGUGGCCAAGAGAACUUCUUCGGUAUCCCCAAGCUUCCUAAGAUCAUGCCAAUCACCUCCGGUACAAGUGCGCUGAAGAUCGACCGUAACUUGGGCUCCCCAGUUCAGUUGACCAGAGCUGACUUGGAGGAGAUCAACAAGAUCAACGAGGCCCACCCAGUCAAGGGUUACCGUUACACCAAGGAGGCCGAGGCUCUCAGCUUUGCUUAA